CACUUUAGAACUUUCCUUUAACACCUCCCUUCCCUUUUGACACCUCCACUCCUUUAGCAUUACGAUCGGUAAAUUUGAGGUUUGAUUUUUCCGAAAACCUGUCCUGUUUUAAACUCACUUUCAUCUCUACUUGUCGGCACAGACACUGUGAAUACCGCGAAGUGGAGUUCAACAUGCAGGAAUCUCUCAUCAGAAUCCACAGCAAACCCCAACUGUUUCGAAAACCCUAAUUCCACACUCUUCCUCCUGUACAGAAUCCUAAUUUUUCCAUGAGUCUCAAGAAUUAGUGUUUAUUGAUGGCGACAACGAUUAAGAAGAACUGGAAUCUUGUUGAGGCCAAAGAUGAUGGUGAUGGAGGUGCAGAACAAAAGGGGGGGUUCUGAAUCCAAAGCAGAAGCGAAGGAGAAUGUUCGGAAGAAGAGAGGCUGGAAACGAGGUCGGAAAGCCAACAACAGGAACACUGGUAAUGCUACUAAAUCUGAAGAGAAGAAAAAUAAACCAUGUGUUCGUCAGAGGCAGGCUGUUUAUGUAGAAGAAGCAGGGACGAUGACAAUGGAUGCUGACAAGUCAAGUGACGAUGAUAACAAGUCUCCAGAAGAAACAGAAGAAGGGAAGAAUAAACAGCAGGGGAAAGAAAAUAGUGGUGAAGAAGAACAAGAUAAGAAAAGCCAGGCAGCUUCAAGUUCAAGCAAGAAGGAUAGUUCAAAGCCAAAGCCAAAGUGGUAUGCAAAGCAAAUGGUUCCAGAUGAAUAUGGAAACCUAGUUCAUGUACCAUCAGUAAUGUGCCAUCAGUGUCAAAAGAACGACAAGGGACGAGUUGUUGGGUGCCUGAAAUGCACUACAAAACGUUACUGUGUGCCUUGCAUGACAAGAUGGUACCCUAACAUGACAGAGGAGAUGUUUGGUGAGAGUUGCCCUGUUUGCCGUGACAUUUGCAACUGUAAAUCUUGCCUGCGUGAUGUGCACCCAAAAGUCAAACAAAAGAUCGAUUUCAAACUCAAUGAUGAUCAGAAAAUCCGGUAUUCUGUUUAUAUCCUACAUGUGCUUCUUCCAUUUUUGAAGCGUCUCAACGAGGAGCACAUAAGGGAGAAAGUAAUAGAGUCUAAAAUUCAAGGGUGUUCUGUAUCAGAGGUACAGUUGAAGAAGGAAAGUUGCAGUUCAUUUGAGCGCAUGCACAUUUACUGUGACUGCUGUAAAACAUCAAUUUUUGACUUGCAUAGAAACUGCCCUUCUUGUCAAUAUGACCUCUGCCUUCAAUGUUGCUGGGAAUUGCGAGAUGGCAAUCUUCAAGGAAACAAGGAAGAAGUUAUCAUUAAAGUCAAAGAUCCAGGUCCUGAUUACUUACACGGGGGAAAGCCUUACUUACAUGAAGGAAAGCCCCUUGAAGUUAAGAAGGCUGCUGCAGCCCUCAAGAAAAGAAAAAAGGGGAGUUAUGCACCAAAGAAAAAGCAAACUCAUGAAUGGAAGUCUCUGGAUGAUGGCAGAAUUCCUUGUCCUCCAAAAAGCAUGGGUGGUUGUGGUCGUGGGAUUUUAGAGUUGAUGCACACAAAGCCACUUGACAGAGUUACAAUCUUGUUGGAGAAAGCACAAAAGCUCUUAAAGAUGCACAAACUGGAGGACAAUAUAUGGGAUAUGUCUGAGAAAUGGUGCUCAUGUUCAGAUAAUGUGAAUGGUAGUGAUUGUGGUGAUAAACAGUCACGUAAAGCUGCUUCUCGUGAAAGUUCAAAUGACAAUUACUUGUAUUGUCCACGUGCUAUAGACAUUAAACCAGGAGAUUUGAAGCAUUUUCAAUGGCAUUGGUCAAAAGGGGAGCCAGUAAUAGUCAGCAAUGUUCUUGAAACUACUCUUGGGUUGAGCUGGGAACCCAUGGUCAUGUGGCGUGCUUUUCGCCAGAUUUCAAAUACUAAACGCGACAAGCUAUUGGAUGUGGCUGCUAUUAAUUGUUUGGAUUGGUGUGAGGCUGAUAUAAAUGUUCGUAACUUUUUUAAUUGGUAUACGGAAGGUCAAUAUGAUGAAGUUGGGUGGCCUCACAUUCUAAAGUUGAAAGACUGGGUAUUAUCAAAUUUAUUUGAAGAACUGUUGCCACGUCAUGGUGUUGAAUUCAUCACUUCCUUACCCUUUAAAGAAUAUACACAUCCACGUGAUGGCUACCUUAAUCUUGCAGUCAAGUUGCCUGACGAAUCUUGUAAGCCAGACAUGGGUCCUAAAACAUAUAUAGCUUAUGGUGUUCAUCAAGAAUUGGGACGUGGUGACUCUGUAACUAAACUUCAUUGUGACAAGUGUGAUGUGGUGAAUGUGUUGACUCAUACUGCAACUGUGACCCCUGCCCUUGAACAUCGUAAAUUGAUAAAGGAGUUGAAGCAGCUGCACAAGGCUCAGGAUGCUAAGGAACUAUUUGGACUGGUAGUGAAGACACAACCUGAUGUUGAUAACACGAAAGCUACUACUGAUAAAUUAAAUAAAUUGAAAGAAAAAAGAAGUAGAAGCAAGCGAAAACGUGGGCAUGAAACAGGUAGUUGUGUGGAUGGAUCUGAUUCUGAUCUGGAAGAGGGAGGUGCUUUGUGGGAUGUGUUUAGGAGGGAAGAUACUCCUAAACUGCAGGAAUAUCUCAAAAAACACUUCAAAGAGUUCAGACAUGCCUUUUGUCAUCCACUACAGCAGGUUAUCCACCCAAUUCAUGACCAAACAUUUUACUUAACCAUGGACCAUAAAAGGAAGCUCAAGGAGGAGUUUGGAAUUGAAGCAUGGAGUUUUGUCCAAAAGCUUGGAGAUGCUGUCUUUAUACCUGCUGGGUGUGCCCAUCAAGUUAGAAAUUUGAAGUCAUGUAUAAAAGUUGCAUUGGAAUUUGUUUCUCCCGAAAAUGUUGGUGAAUGCAUUCGGUUGACAGAUGAUUUCCGCCUUCUUCCCCAAAAUCAUAAGGCUAAAGAAUAUAAGUUGGGGGUGAAGAAAAUGGCACUCUAUGCAGUGGAGGCAGCUGUGAAGGACUUGGAAAAAUUUGAUACCAAGAACUCUUCUGAAGACUCACAAGAUUAUCCAAACCCUCAAUGCAAUAAAAAUCUCAUUUUAUUCCGGAUCUUGAUCAAGUUCCAAUCAUUGAAAAUCUACAAAUUUCACAAAGCACAGAAAAUAGUGCUAAUUGUGAAAGGUGAAGUGGGAUUACACAUAGAUCAUGAAGAUCUUCAAACCUCACAAAAUACUGAAAAUGGUGGUGCAGGUGAAGUGGGAUUACAAAUAGAUUGUGAAAAUCUUCAAAACUCACAAAAUACUGAAAAUGAUGCUAAAGGUGAAGUGGGAUUACAGAUAGAUUGUGAAAAUCUCCAAACCUCACAAAAUACUGAAAACUAUGCUAGACACAAAGUGGGAUUGCCAAUAGAUUGUGAGACAACACCUUCACAUUCUGAUCAUGAAGUGGGCAAUGAAGAAAGUGGUGGCAACACAGAAAGAUCAAGGAGUGGUGAAGAAGGAGAUCAUUGUGUCCAAUCCAACCCAGAAACGCCAAAUAAUAGUGGUUCAACAAGUCGCCCUUGUACAAGUAGAGAUGCAUCUAAAAUGGAAGGAAAAUGUAAGGUAUCACAACCGUCUUUGUCUCCUAAUGAAAUUGUUGCAGAACUUCGUGCAAUUAGAGUUACUAGAGACAAUGAAGUUGAAGUCAUGAGAAAAAGACUCGACUUGGAGCAAAAAAAGGAAGAAAGGAAGACCAAGAAGAUGCAUCACAUGCACCUUAAUACACUUUUGGCGAAAGAGCAUUUGUCGCCAAAAGAUGAAGACAUGAAAUGCCAUCUCUUGGCGAUGCUGUAUGGAAAGUGAUUGGAAACCAUUUUACGUACAUGAGGAUCUUAUCUAACUGUAAUGUUGUAUCUUGUGCAAAUGUUUGUAACUUGGUUUGUUUCUUUUCAAUUUUGUAUUGUGGCUAUAAUCUUUAUUGUACUGUUAUUUAUUCUAAUGUAUGGCAAUUUUAUCUAAUCA